UAGAUCGCUGUACUUUUGCAAUUGUAACUUGGUCCUAUAUUGUAUUUCUUUGUUUCGAACAACUCUACUUCACUCCUUUGAAAACAGCGACUAGCAUUUUCGCUAGUACUCCAAGUUUCUAGAAAAUUAUUAAGUUGAAUCAUUGUUUAAAAUAACGCCAUGGCUGAUUCUAAGUUAUACGAUUUAUUAGGAGUUUCAAGACAUGCAACUGAUACAGAAAUUAAAAAGUCUUACCGUAAACUAGCUAAGGAAUAUCAUCCAGAUAAGAAUCCCACUGAAGGAGAAAAGUUCAAAGAAAUCUCGUUUGCCUAUGAAGUAUUAUCGGAUCCCAAGAAAAGAGAAAUCUAUGAUCGACAAGGAAUUCAAGGAUUACAAGGUGGUUCAGAUGGUGGAAUGUCUGCUGAUGACCUGUUCAGUCAUUUGUUUGGAGGAGGUCUAUUUGGUAUGGGGGGUAUGGGAGGAAGCAGGCGACGCAAACAUGGAGAGGACACUGUUUAUCCUUUAAAGGUAACAUUAGAGGAUCUCUACAACGGGAAAACAUCCAAAUUAAACCUCAAUAAAACUGUUAUCUGUAAAGCUUGUGAUGGAUUGGGUGGAAGACCAGGUGCAGUUAAUAAAUGUACAGCUUGUCAUGGACGUGGUAUCAAAGUGACUUAUCGUCAGUUAGGGCCUGGUAUGGUACAGCAUAUGCAGUCAGCUUGCUCUGAUUGUAAUGGUGAAGGAGAAGUAUUAAAUGAAAGAGACCGAUGUAAAGUGUGCAAAGGAAAGAAAAUAGUUCAGGAGACAAAACGUCUCGAAGUGCACGUUGACAAGGGUAUGCAAGACGGACAGAAAAUAUACUUUAGAGGAGAUGGCAAUCAAAUGCCUGGGGUUGAACCUGGAGAUGUCAUUAUAGUUCUUCAGCAGUUGCCUCACACUUUGUUUGAAAGGUCUGGCCAUGAUUUAUUUAUGCCUUACACGCUAACUCUCGUUGAAGCUUUAUGUGGAUUUUCCAUGGUUAUAAAACAUCUGGAUGGAAGAGACAUUGUGGUUCGUCAUGCUCCUGCUGAAGUAAUCGAACCAGGUAGUGUCAAAGGAGUGGUGAAUGAAGGAAUGCCUAUCUACAGAAAUCCAUUCGAAAAAGGAAACCUUUACAUAAAGUUUUCUGUUACUUUUCCUGAUAAUCAUUUUGCUGAUAUUUCCAAAAUCAAGGCCCUUGAGCUUCUCUUACCUCCAAGACCUCCUUUUGAAAUGCCUACUGGCGAUAAUGUUGAAGAAGCUGACUUACACGACUAUGACCCUGACGCCCAUAGAGGGGCUGGCAGCAGUCGCUCUGAAGCUUACGAUUCAGAUGACGAGGACAGACAUCGUGGCCCUGGUGUUCAGUGUGCACAUCAAUAAAUCUGAAGUUUUAGUUUGAAAUUAUACCUUAUGAGGAGAAAACAGACUUUUAUCUUCUGGGAUUAUUAUAUCGUAGACUGUGAAGAAACGGAUAAUUUAUGUGCAUCGUCCAUUAUAUUUAUACUCUCAUUUUCCAAAUUUUUCAAGGCAUGCACACAACACGCUUGUCGUGUGGGAAAUAUAUUCUGUAUAAUAGUAUUGUACCUAUCUAUAUAUAAUGUACUAUUUCUUCUCGACACAAAAAAAGGAACCUUUUUUUUUUUAUUGGAAAGUUAGCUGUAUAGUGUGCUAUGUCCUGUGAUAGCAGUCUCUAUGUUAUGUAUAGCCUUAUUUCACCUUUUUUUUCUUCCUUUGUUGUGUUGAAUUAAAGGCCUUUUGUUAUAAUCAGGUCUAUUUAUUUUAAUUACUUUGUUUCAUUUAUUUCAUAUGUAGGUUAUUGGCUAUUUAAAAACUGAAAUAUUAAGUGCUGAAUGAAGUGAAUUUGCAUUUGUACAUACUAUGUUAAUUUAUUCACUGUGUGUGGGGUAUAAUUAAUCUUAUGUUUAUUAUAGACUGUAAAAUUAAAAAUAUGGAGAUAAAUUUUUAAUUUCUUCCUCUUUUUCGAAAGUAUAAAUAUAUUUAGGAUUGACAAUCUGAAAGCUUCAUUCAAAUAAAUCAUGCGUUUUAGUGUACCUAUGAAAGAAGUCAUAUGCUGUUAUUAUAGAAUAUGAUUAAUCAUAACCUGAUUGCCUUUGUAUUUUUGAUACAGAGGCAGAAGAAUUUUUACGAGUUACUCUACUUUGGAAAACUGAUUAAAUAUUAUUAGAAAUUUAUAAUUUGGAAUUCAUCUUAAAAUAAAUACUCUGUGGACUGCUUAUUUGAUUUUAUGAAUGUUAAUGCUCUAAAUGUAACUAAUGCCCAUUAUUUCUGGCUGUGAGUUGUACAUUACAAAGCUAACAUUAUCAUAGAUUUAAGUUUUUUAUGGAGAUAUUUCCCUUUUAAAUUGUUUUUAUAAUUAAGUCAGCUUCAUUCUAGCAUGCUUUCUUUUAGUUUGUUUAAUGUUUUUGAUAAAAGGUGUGCUUUCUCUUACAAUUAAACAGUGUUAAUUAAAAGUAUUUCUUAUCUUAAA